CUAGCUGCGCUCGAACGCUUUGUCGUCGUGUGCCGGGGUUUGGACAUGCUGAGGCAUCACGAGUUGCGAGUGCUAAUUUGCAAUUUCAAUGAGGAACAUGUGCGAAGAAGGAUUAUCUUCCCAAGGAUCCUGUUGUGAAGCUAAAGCCCAAUUCGAACCGUGUUCCACCAGCAGGAGAUGAUUUCAUAAUUCAGCCUCCAUUUCCGCUGUCACUCUUUGGUGCCCCUCAGAGUCUGUUUACUGACUAAUCAUUAACCAAGAAAGAAAGAUAUUAUCAGGACGAACUAUUCUGCUUGACCCAAAAGCUGAUUUUGAAAUUUUUCGUCUCUUCCUGCUUUAAUGAUGCGUCUAAAUUUUUAUUUAUAUGCUUUCUCUUUUUUAGCUCUUUUUCCUCAAACCUGGAGUCAAGACACAUCUUAUAAACCCAGGGAUUUUUACCUGGCUCUCGGAUCCUCGGUCGAGUUGCCCUGUUCAGACAGAAAGACUAGCGGAUCAGAAUGGAGGCUAAACGGCUCGUUCCUGGUCUCAAGCCCUUCUCUUCUCUUACACAACACCAGCCUUGACAAUCAGGGUCUCUACACAUGCCACAACUCGAAUGGAGAACUCGUCGAAACAGUACGACUGCAGCUGGGCUAUUCUCCAUCCCAACCAGAUGUCCACUGCUGGUCUCCAAGUUACCCCCUAAAAGCCCUGUGCUCAUGGACUCUGCCUCAGGACCCGCUGCUGCCGACCUCCUACGUCGCAACCUACAGGCGUCUUGAAGAGAUCUAUUCAUGCCAGAGACAGAGUGAACAGGACAGGCAAUGUGUUCUCGAAGAACUAGAGCUCUUCUCGAAUGUGCCGUACCUGGUUAACAUCACAGCUGUCAACGCUCUUGGGAGCGCCAGCCGUGUCCUGCCUGUCAUUUUCGAGGACAUUGUGAAGCCUGACCCCCCAGUUAACGUGAAGGUGAGGGCUUUACCAGGCAAGAAGCUUCACGUCCAGUGGGCUCCUCCACCAACAUGGCCAGAUCCUGUGAACUUCCCUCUGAAGUACAAAGUGCAGUUCCAAUGGGGAAACUCUAACACAGCUAGCAUUAUGGGUCCAGUUGAGUCAGAAAGCAUAGUCCGGAGUGGAAUCCUGGCCGGACGGACGUAUCAUAUCUGUGUAUCUGUGAUGGACCUGUUGGGUAACGGUCAGAGCAGCGAGUGGAGCGACACCGUGAACAUAACUUUGCCCAAGAGCUGACCCAAUUAAACCCAAGAGACAAAGCACAUCGAUAAUGUAUCUGGUCACGAACCACAUAGUCUGUGAACGCAAACCUGAAAGACAACUUAAACCUCUACAGUACUAAGAUGUUUCAUCAGAUUGGCGAAUUUUUGAAUAAAUAAAAUUAAAUGGGGAAAUAAAAUGCUUUUGCAACACUUGUUCAUCAGACAGUCAAACCAUAACAGAAAACUACAAGUCAAAUCCAAAAUUAUAGGGACCCUUAAACUGAUUUUGGUAGUAAUAAUAAUAAGAAGAAGAAUGCUUGUUCUCUUAACAUAUGCAAUACCAUGCAAAAACCUUUCUUCAUAUUAAAUUAAAGUAAAUGAUGUAGAUUCAAUUUAUAAAAAGGAAACAAAUGUUUUUCUGUGACAGGCUGCAA